ACGACCACCAUCAUCUUUCCACUUACACCAAAUAUCCAAAACACCACAUUCCACCAAGAACCCAAGUCAAAAUGGACAUCGACGAAGACGAGGAUUUCUACGCCCCCGACGAGCCCCAGGCCGCUCCGCCCACCACAGCCGCGACCACCACAACCCCCGCCACCACCACCACCACAUCAACCACCACAGCAUCAGCGCCGCCCACCACAACUUCAUCAACAAAACCCGAAGACGAGCUCGAGGAGGGCGAAGAGGAAGAUGAAGGCGGUGGCGCCAUGGACGAAGACGACGACUCGGACAUUGAUAUCAUCACGGAGCGCAAAGACGGAUCCGCCCCUCCUCCUCCCGUCCAGAGUCGCUACAGCGAGAUCCGCAACAUUCCGCAGCGGGCAGCGGCCAACGAUAAUGGAGUUAAGACCGCGCCUGUGAAGAAGUCGGAUGGUACCAACAGCAACAACAACAGCAGUAACAAGUUCGGUGGUGCUGGUGGUGGUGGAAACGAACAAAAGACGAGACAGGGAAGUGGUGCGGCAGGUGGUAGUGGCGCAGAGCUCCCUCCUGUAAGGACAUCCAAGAUUGAAGUGGAUGGGAUUCCGGUUUACAAACCUGUUGGCAAGCCGAUUACGGGUGUGGUUAUUGAUGAGGACCUCCCUGAAAACGACAAACCCUGGCGCAAACCCGGCACCGACCUCUCCGACUACUUCAACUACGGCUUCGACGAGUUCACCUGGGCCCUGUACGCCCAGAAACAAGAAGCCCUUCGCGGCGAGUACAACGCCGAAGCCAUCGCCGCCAACAACAAGAAGAUGAUGGAGGAAAUGACCAACAUGAUGAUGAUGGGCGGCAUGAUGCCUCCCGGCAUGGGCGGUCCCGGUGGCCCCGGCGUGGGUCCGGCCGGCCCAGGUGCCAUGGGUCCAGGUGGUCCUGCUGGUGCUGGUGGCAUGGGCGGACCCGGUGGUGGUCUGGAUGGCAUGCCGCCCGAGAUGCAGGCCAUGAUGCAGCAGAUGAUGGGCGCCGCAGCGGCGCAGGGCAUGGAUCCGAGUCAGAUGGCCCAGAUGGGCAUGGCGGGCGGUCCGGGCGAUAUGGGUGGUAUGGGAAGCAUGUUUGGUGGUCCUGGUGGUGGUCCGGGUGGUCCAGGAGCUGGAGGUAUGGGUCCUGGCGGUCCUGGUGGUCAGGGACAGCAGUUUGGAGGUGGGUUUGGUGGAAACCAGGGGCAGGGUGGUUAUGGUGGCUAUGACCAGAUGGGUGGUGCGGGUGGUGGAGGAAGGGGUGGUAGGGGAAGGGGAAGAAGGUGGUAGGAGCACUGGUGAUCCCUCUCCCGCUGAAGCGCUUCUUUUUUCUUUCUGUUUGUUAAUGUAUGAUACUGAGAUACCUAUUUGUGGCCUAAUGCCCC